AUGGAAACGUUUGGUGGGGCAAGCUCGCCAGAGUGGCAGGCGAAGAGAAGGCUACCCAUCGUUUCAUGGUCCUGCGCCAUGGCCACGGUGCUAGCUCUCGCGACGGUGGCGCCUGUUGCUGCCGGAAAGGGAGACGAGGCGGCGUCGGGGGUCGGCAACGCGGCCGCCGUCUCGAGGAUCGCCGCCACCUCGGCGUCGGCACCACCGUCCAGCGUGAACGUCACGUUGAUCUGCCGGUCGACCCCGGAGCCGCGCGCGUGCGAGACCGCGCUCACGUCGGCGGAGGCGCGGUCGGCCCGGGACCCGUUCGCGGCGUCCGUCCAGUUCGCGAUGGCCAGGGCCACGACGGCGCGCUCGCUGGCGCGCAACCUCUCCGCGUCCGCGCCGGCCGUGCGGCCGUCGGGCAUGCACGACUGCGCCGAGCUGCUCGACAUCAGCCUCGCCCAGCUCCGCGACGCGCUCCAGGGGUGCGCGGCCGACGCGGCCGGGGCCACGACGUGGCUCAGCGCCGCGCUGACGAACCAGGGCACGUGCAACGACAGCCUCGCCGCCGCCGCCACGCCGGUCCCCGCGGGGCGCGACGCCGUGCGCAAGCAGGUCGCGGCGCUCGCGCAGUUCAUCCGCACCUCGCUGGCGCUGCACGUCAAGAAGGUCAAGGGCGGGGGAGGAAGCGGCGUCCCACCGUCCGCCGCGCCGUCGCCUAAUAAAGGCGCCGCGUUCCCGUCCUGGUUGCCCGAGCACGACAGAAGGCUCCUGCAGUCCCCGGCGACCAACGCCAUGACGCCCGACGCCGUGGUGGCGCUGGACGGCAGCGGGACGCACAGAAGCAUCAACGAGGCGAUCGCCGCCGUCACGGCGCCGGUGGGCACCAUGGCGAGCGGCGGCCGCGGAGCAGGAGGAUCCAGGAGGAAGGUGAUCCACGUGAAGGCCGGGCGGUACAAGGAGAGCGUGAGCAUCUCGUACCAGCAGAAGGACGUGAUGCUGGUGGGCGACGGCAAGGGGAAGACGAUCAUCGACGGAGACAAGAGCGUCGCCGGCGGCUACACCACCUACUCCUCGGCCACCUUCGCUGCCAUGGGCGCCGGCUUCAUCGCCAAGGGCCUGAGCAUCGUGAACAGCGCCGGGCCAGAGAAAGGCCAGGCGGUGGCGCUGCUGGUCGGCGGCGACCGCUCCGUCGUGUACCAGUGCGAGAUCAAGGCGCACCAGGACACGCUCUUCACGCACUCCAACCGCCAGUUCUACGCCGAGUCCGACAUCUCCGGCACGGUGGACUUCAUCUUCGGCAACUCCGCCGUGGUCUUCCAGCGCAGCAACAUCCAGGCAAGGAAGCCCAGCCCGGGGCAGCAGGACGUCGUCACGGCGCAGGGCCGCGACGACCCGAACCAGAACACGGGGAUCUCCAUCCACAGGUGCCGGAUCACCGGCGCGUCGGACCUCGGCAGCACGCCGGUGUACCUAGGCCGGCCGUGGAAGAAGUACGCGCGGGUGGCCGUGAUGGAGAGCACCAUGGACGGCUCGGUCGUGCCGGCCGGGUGGCUGGCGUGGCCGGACCAGCCGGCGCCGAGCACGACGCUGUACUACGGGGAGUACCGGAACACCGGGGCCGGUGCGGAGACGAAGGGGCGGGUGACGUGGACUGGGGUGCACACGUCAAUGUCCACGGCGGAUGCCACGGGGUUCACCGUGGAGAAGUUUAUUAUGGGGAACUCAUGGUUGGGCGCCACUGGAGUUGGGUACACUUCUGGACUGUAA